AGUAUUAAGUAACUCUCAUAUAUAUCCAAAGCUUCAAUUCUCCAUUUGUUAACCACUUAUUACUUGUUAAUAUUCUCAAAAAGAAAGCAAGAUCAGAAUAAUGGCAAUUGUGAUUGUGUCUUGCAAGUUAUCAUUUUCCUUUUAUUAUUUUUUUCUCCUACUUGUCAUUAUUAUUGUAUCUCAAGCUAAAGCCAAGCCAAAUUUUUUGUACAACUUUUGUAUAAACGAUAAUGGCAACUACACAGCCAAUAGCACAUAUCAAACCAACCUCAACAUCCUUUUAUCCAAUCUCUCUUCCAACACACAAAUCAACUACGGUUUCUACAAUUUCUCUUAUGGCCAAAACACUGACAAAGUAAACGCCAUUGGACUCUGCAGAGGAGAUGUUAAACCCGAUGCUUGCCGCAAUUGUCUUAACGAUUCAAGAGUUCUUCUGACACGACUUUGUCCAAAUCAAAAAGAAGCAAUUGGUUGGUAUGACAAUUGCAUGUUGCGCUACUCGAACCGAUCAAUAUUUGGCAUUAUGGAACAAUUCCCUUGGUUUCCUAUGGAAAACGGUCAGAAUGUAACACUAACAGAGGUGGAUCAAUUUAAAAGAGUUCUUGGGAACUUGAUGAAGAAACUGAAAGAAAAAGCUGCGUCAAGUAAUGACUCUCGUGUUAAGUAUGCUACGGAUAAUGAAUCCAAUGUGACCUUGAAUUUCCAAACCAUAUAUGGUCUUGUACAGUGUACACCUGAUUUAUCCUUACAAGAUUGCAUGGAUUGUUUAAAUGGUGCUAUCUCAUAUCUUCCAAAUAGCAAAUUUGGUGGUGGAGUUGUUGAACCAAGUUGUAAUAUUAGAUAUGAAUCGUGGCGCUUCUACGAUCCUCCAUUUGUAGUAGUUGACACAGAUGAAACCUCUCAACCACAAGAAAAAGGCAAAUCAUACCAUACUACCAUUGCCAUAGUUGUGCCUGCUGUUGUUGCAGUUCUUGUUCUAAAUUUGAUCAUUUGCAUAUGCUUGAGGAGAAAUCGCCCUAGUAUGGCAGGGUUAAAUCUCGAAGGCCAAGAGAAAAAUGAAGAUGAAUUUGAAGAAGCUGAAGCGAGUAAUGAUCUUAAAGUUGGCGAUUUGUUGCAAUUUGACAUGGAAACCAUCAAAUUAGCUACAAGCAACUUCUCUGAUGCAAAUAAGCUUGGUCAAGGUGGAUUUGGAACGGUUUAUAAGGGUAUGCUCUCUAAUGGACAAAAUGUUGCUAUCAAAAGGUUGGCAAUCAAUUCUAAUCAAGGAGAAACCGAAUUUAAGAACGAAGUAUUGUUGACAGGAAAACUUCAACAUCGAAAUUUAGUUAAGCUAUUAGGUUUCUGCUUACAAAGAAAAGAAAGACUACUGAUAUAUGAGUUUGUCCCUAAUAAAAGUCUUGAUUAUAUCAUAUUUGAUCCAAUCAAGCGUGCAAAUUUGAAUUGGGAAAGACGCUACAAAAUCAUAAAAGAUAUUGCGCGAGGUCUUCUUUAUCUUCAUGAAGAUUCUCGAUUACAAAUUAUUCACCGUGAUCUCAAAAUAAGUAAUAUUCUAUUAGAUGAAGAGAUGAACCCAAAAAUUACAGAUUUUGGCAUUGCAAAAUUGUUUGAUGCCAAUCAAACUCAUGGCAUGACAAAGACCGUUGUUGGAACAUUUGGAUAUAUGGCACCAGAGUACAUCAGACAUGGAGAAUUUUCAGUCAAAUCAGAUAUAUUUAGUUAUGGCGUAAUCAUUUUAGAAAUUGUUUGUGGUCGGAGAAUCAUCAAGAAUCGUGACGGGGAGAAUAUAGAGGAUCUAUUAAGUAUUGCAUGGAGAAAUUGGAAGGCAGGGACAAUAUCAGAUAUUGUAGAUCCAAUAUUAGAACAAGGUUUUAAUAAGAAUGAAAAAUUGAGAUGCAUCCAUGUUGGACUACUUUGUGUUCAAGAAGAUAUAGAUAUGAGACCAUCUAUGAGUUUGGUUUUACUAAUGCUUAGUAGCAUUUAUUUUCCACUUCCUGUACCUUUGGAACCUCCCCUUUUAAUGCAACCAAAAAGUGCAUUAUCUACAUCGUUAAGGGAUCAAUAUUCAGGUCUCACCAAGUCAACUGAUUCAGGAUCAGGAAGUCUACUUACUCAAGGAUCAACAAGUAAAUCUUCAGUUACAGGCCGUUAAUGUUCUGCUGAAUAUUCUUUGUUAUGGGAUUUAAAUCAUAAGCACAUAGUACAAUGAAGUGUGAUUCUGAAAAUAUUUUAUGUUCAUAAAAUAUAUUUCUGAUACAAUUUAGUAAUUUGCUCUAA